UGACAUUGUGGCGUUGGUGCGGCAGAGGAAGGGCCGUCAUGCCGGUCGCAGCCAUCAUCUUCGACCUCGGUAUCAACGAUACACAUCUCAACUGCUCAUGGACAGUCCCGUGUACAAGCAAUUCACAUGGGUGUGAGUAGAUGGGACCCUCAUCGACACGGAAAUGCUCAGUGUGGAGACACUGACGGAAAUUGCCGGCCCAUCCUAUUCGCUCGACUUGCAAAAGCGAAUCCUUGGCAUGCCUAGCCACGAGUGGACUCGAAUCGUGAUCGACGAGUUGAACUUGACCAUGUCACCGGACGAUCUAGCGCAUGCAUGGCACACGAUCUUGGGCACAAAGGUCACAUCCAGCGUUUUGCUGCCAGGUGAGUUGCUCGAUCCUGUUAUUUCAACCUGCAGCUGGAUUUACCGUUCAGGGGCAUUGGACCUCGUCCAGAGCCUCAAGAAUCAACCUAACGUCAAGGUCGCGCUCGCCACAUCAUCGACGUCCAAGGCCGUCGCGAUCAAGCGUUCAGUCCACCCGGCACUGUUUGAAGCAUUUGAGGUGAUCGUUUGCGGCGAUGACCCCGCCGUCGUUCAUGGAAAGCCGAGCCCAGACAUCUUUCUCGCGGCGGCAACGCGCCUUGGCAUCGCAGACACGACGACGUGUGUCGUGGUGGAAGAUUCCCCGAACGGCGUCAAGGCUGGACGAGCUGCAGGCAUGCAAGUAGUGGCAGUCCCGGAUGGCCGCUUCUACGACGAAGUCGGCAUUGCCGCGCGAUUCACGGACGCCGACAUCGUGUUGAGGUCGCUCGAGCACUGGCACACGGCAGUUUUUCAGUAAUACGUCGCGGUGCAUACAAAUCAGGAACGAAUUUGCACCCGUGACAUCGAUAGACCAAUGUAGCGCUUCAAUACACAAGAUGGCGACGCCGUUGUUCGACAUGCGGCUUCAGC